GGUGGUGGUCUGGAUCUGGGUGGAGUUAAGUUUCUGUGUCACACACUGACAACUGGGAAACCUCCCGCACCAAACUAACAGGUGUCCUCCUUCUCCUUCAGAGCCACAGUCACAUCACCGGGGGGUUGCCUCACCGCGCCGCACACUCUCUCCUUUAACACAUCUCAACGCUACUUUAUCUGAACUUACUACUUUCAAGAAAUUGCUUUAACACAGAUCUCCAAAUGAUGCACUCGGCACAGAAAGACACCACGUUCACCAAGAUCUUUGUGGGAGGUCUCCCUUAUCACACAACGGACUCAAGUCUCAGGAAAUAUUUCGAGGUGUUUGGAGACAUCGAGGAGGCUGUUGUCAUUACCGAUCGGCAGACGGGGAAAUCAAGAGGUUAUGGAUUUGUGACCAUGGCAGACCGGGCCUCUGCUGACCGAGCCUGCAAGGACCCCAACCCUAUAAUAGACGGCAGGAAAGCCAAUGUGAACCUGGCGUACCUGGGGGCCAAACCCAGGGUCAUACAGCCAGGUGAGGGACUGGACUACAACUUUAUUUCCCAACUUCAAGAUAAUCAAGGAUUUGCAUUUGGUAUGCAUCAGAUCCAUCCAGCAUUCAUCCAAAGGCCUUAUGGAGUCCCUGCCCACUACGUCUACCCUCAGGCCUUUGUCCAACCCAGCAUGAUGAUCCCUCAUGUACAGCCUUCUGCUGCUACAGCAACAGCUGCUGCUGCCACAUCUCCAUACCUUGACUAUACUGGAGCGGCGUAUGCACAGUACUCUGCGGCUGCUGCCACUGCUGCUGCCGCUGCUGCUGCAUACGAGCAGUAUCCGUACGCAGCCUCCCCAGCACCAACAAGCUACAUGACUACAGCAGGGUAUGGAUACGCUGUCCAGCAGCCACUCGCCACUGCUGCCACCCCAGGAGCUGCGGCGGCUGCCGCCGCCUUCAGCCAGUACCAACCUCAGCAGCUCCAGACAGAUCGCAUGCAGUAAAACGUUGAAAACUACCUUAAAGGAGGAAAGCAGAGGAGAUCACCUCCACCCAUGAAGAGGAUGUAGCUAUAAGAUGGAAGCCUGUAGGGGCUGAAUGAUAGUUGUCACUCCCAGGUUUUAACUCAGCAGUCCUUCUACCAAAGAGCCUGAAGAAAAUUACCAUAACAUGUGGAGAGAAAUUUAGUAAUUACUGUAUAUUUUAUUCAAGUGAGAGCAGUAUUUUGUCACUAUUGAAUAUAUAUAUGAAUAUUUAAUAUUUAUUCAACAGUAAAAUAUUUAAUGUAAAUUUAAGUAGACUCACUGGACCUAAUGUCAACCAUUGCUGAAUUUGGUAUAUAAAUAUUGCAGUGGAAUUUGUAUAAAAUUUCCACUUGCAUUCAUGUCUUAUGAUCAGAUUUCUUCCCCACUUCUUUGAAAACAAAUCCAAACACAUAUGAAAACAGUACGUCAUGUCAUCAUGGAGUUUUCAGUAUUUCAUAGUUUUGGACCAGUAUUUAGUUUGGUAAAGCUAUGCAGACAUUGAUAUAGAAAUUAGUGUUUUGUUAAGAUUGUUCUCUUUUUAUAACUGUUUGGUGUGAGAUAGAUUUGACACUGUCAACUAGUUCCCUUUAAAAUGCAUUUUCUUGAUAGCUGGUAAGGCAAAAUGCUGAAGUUACAGCUGAAGCUGGUAAAAGCACUCACCUUUCUUCCCUUUUAAAUUGCACCUCAAGUAAACUCAGCAUGAGGGAAGAAACAUUGAUGAAUGUGAAUCUUUCAUUUUGACAUUAUUCAUAAUGUGCCUUUUAAAUUAUGCUAUUUAUGUAUUUAUUAUGGAGCCAUACAAAAAUAAACCCUUUAUUUUGUGUCCAUAUGUUAGUAUGAAGCCUACUAUAGAACUUUUCCACAUGUGCUGCUGCAUAAUGAUCAAUAGCAUGUGUUGGAUGUUAAAACUUGGCCUAACAAAAGGAUACAUUGUGUAUAAAGAACAAAAGAUGAGUGUAAAGGUAGCAAUAAGUCCAAAGCAUUUUCUGUUUUCUGUAGAUUUAAUGUUGUCUCAAAUCCGUCGCUUUUUAUACUUGACCAGUUUUGAUGUCAUUAGACAUAAAAUGUUUUCCAAUGCAAGGGCAUCACUUGUUUCACCUUGCAUUUUGUAAUGCAUGACUAAAUAUUGCAAACAUUUAACAUGUGAAAUAAAAGGAAAUUUACCUUCAACUUUUUA